GUCUGAUUGUAUUUAUUCAAAAUAAAAAAAAUAUUUAAUAGCUAUCUAUACAGAGGCAAAUUUCACAGUACGAACCCCAGUAAAAUUCAAACUUUAUAUAUGUAUAUACUAGUGGCCGGGUCACGCAUUGCUGUGGAUAAGUGACAAAAACUUAACACAGAGAUGAAUAAUACGGAGUGGAAUUCAACAAUUGAACUUCAAAAGUUUGCUAGAUUGAACACUGUCCUAAUAGUGUACUAAACAAGAGCAAUUGUAUGGCGGAGAAGAAAAUUUGGCAAAUAUAUGUAAAAAGCACUCAAAUAAAAGUUUAUAAGGAAUUUAUAAAAUACAAAAAUAAUUAGUUUAAAAACAUAAAAAUGACUGAAGAUGAAAAAGUAGCACAACAAAUGAUGGCGAUAAGAUCCGGCAAAAGAGACAAAAAAGUAAACAAAGAUAUAAUUUUACCUGAAGGAGAACGGUUGCAAUUGCAACAUCGCAUAGCAGAAUUUUUAGCCGGUACAGAUGUUGAGUUGGUUAUUCCAGGUUUAUCCAAUGCACAAAGAAAAUAUGUUCAUAAUUAUAUUGCUCGCCUUGGAUUAUUAUCGCGUAGCUAUGGUUCGAAAAAUAACCGCGUAUUACAUAUUACACAUCGCAAACGUCUAAAAUUGUCUGGAUGUUUACGUAAAGUCGAAUUGUCGUCUGCUAGCCGAUUGGUAUUGGAAAAAUUACCUUUAUAUACUGUAACUGAGAGAAGUGUUCAUGAACGUCGUCAACGAAUACAAAAAAAGAACCGUUUGCGUUGUGAAGCAUUAUUAGGUGGAUUGGGACCACGUCUUGUUCCUCCACAUCCAAAUCGCAUACCUACUGAACUUUAUAAGGAUAAACGAGAACUCCCAAUUUACUUUUACCAAGAUGAGAUAAAACGAAUUUUAAAACAAAGUCCCAUUUUUAUAAUUAGUGGUGAAACUGGAUCAGGGAAAACUACGCAAGUGCCACAAUAUAUUUUAAACGACAGUACGCGUAGGAGCAGGCCUUGUCGAAUUAUGGUCACACAGCCGAGACGAGUAGCAGCAGUUUCUGUUGCCAAUAGGGUAGCAGAAGAAAGAGGUGAACAAAUUGGAGAUAUUGUUGGUUAUCAAAUACGUUUGGAAAGUCGUGUUCAGAAAAAUACAAAUUUAAUCUACACAACAAGUGGUUGUCUCUUACGUUCUAUAAUGGCUGAUACGAAGGAUUUCUUUCGGAAGAUAACUCAUUUAAUAAUUGACGAAAUUCACGAGCGGGAUAAAUACACUGAUUUUAUACUUAUAACGAUUAAAGACCAACUAAAGAGUAAUAAAGAUCUCAAAGUUAUUCUAAUGUCAGCUACAAUGGAUAUACAUUUAUUGUCAGAAUACUUCGAUAAUUGCGCAGUGGUAAAUGUACCCGGCCAGGGUUAUAAUGUGAAAAUUUUCCAUCUUGAAGAUAUCCUUUAUAGAACGGGCUACCGAACUGCUUUAAUGGAAAAAUAUUUACGUUCAAUGGAUGAAAUCGACACACCGAAGUCAAAAGAAAUAUAUAUGAAUACUGGCAAAAUUGCCUCUAAAUCAAAUGGAAUGCAAUCAAAUAUAAUUGAUACACAUUUACAACUCAGUUUAGAUGCCCUUAUUGAUCAGUGCUUUGCUGAAAACUACCGGCGCGAAGAAGAAAUAUUCACUUUGUUUGACCAAAUUCAGUAUUUUAUUGAAAGUGAAGGAAUGCCAGUGGAUACGGUACAUUCUCUUACAGGUACAACCCCACUUAUGGCAGCAAGUAAAUGUAAUUUGCCAAAAUAUUUGGAACUUUUUCUGCACCAUAAAGCGAAUGUCCAUCUAGUUAACGCAGAAGGAUUAACUGCUCUCGAUUACGCGACCAUACAUUCAGAUCAAAAAUGUAUGAAAAUAUUGCAAAGCUUGGAUAUUGUCCAUAAAGACGAAAUGAUAUUAAACCAGGAAUUGCAUGAAAAACAACGUAUUUUAUAUGCCUAUCAGAAACAAUUUAAUGAUGAGAAUGAAGUUGACCAUGAUCUGAUUUUAUCGCUAAUUGAAGGUCUAUAUCGUAGUCCGCAUCCUGGUGCUAUCAUGGUAUUUCUGCCAGGAUACAAUGAUAUAGUUCAACAACGAGAUCUUAUUCAAAGUACGCUACCAGUUAACACAUAUCGGAUUUGUAUCCUUCAUGGUCAAAUGGAUUCAAACGAUCAAACCGAAGCCCUCCAAAGACAUUUAGUUCGAAAAAUAAUAUUAUCUACAAACAUUGGUCAGACGUCAAUAACCAUACCUGAUUUAGCAUACAUUAUUGAUUCGGGAAAAGUUAAAAUGAAAACUCAUGACUCAAUCACGGAAUCGUCUCAACUUCAAUCAGUAUGGAUAUCAAAGGCAGACGCAAAUCAACGGUCUGGGCGUGCUGGUCGAACUCAGAAUGGUGUUUGUUAUCGAUUAUUUUCUUCGGCAACAUAUGAGUAUAUGCCAAAGUUUAGCGUUCCCGAAUUUAUGCGAAUUCCCUUGACUGAAGUUUGCUUGUACGCGAAAACGCUAGAUCGUCAAAGCGAUGUGCAAUCAUAUUUAGCUCGUUCUCUAAAUCCUCCUUCAAACGUAAGUGUACAGAAUGCUAUUAGAAAACUGCAAAUACUUGAAGUUUUUGAUGGCGAUGAAAACGUUACAGAGUUGGGCAAGCAUUUAGUUGAAAUUCCACUGGAUGUUCAACUUGGCAAGUGCUUAUUGUAUGGUAUUUUUUUUAAAUGCUUCGAUUCUAUAUUGACUAUUGUCGCUUAUCACUCAAUAAAAGAUCCUUUUAUCUUGCCAACAGACCGUGCAGCUCAAGGUCAUGCCUCAUUCCAACGUAAAUCUUUUGCAGGAAAGACAUUCAGUGAUCAACUAGGUAUAUUGUCAUUAUAUAAAUCUUAUUGUUCUGUUCGCAACAAUUGGAAACGUGUUCGGGAGUUCUGUAGCAAAUAUUUUCUGUCACAUUCUGCUAUGGAAACAUUUUGCGCAACGCGACGACAAAUAGCUGAUUUGUCUUCCCAAAAAUUUCAUGUAGGCCAAGAAGCAUCUCUAUUCAACGAUGAUUUGAAUAUUGUUCGUUGUUGUUUGGUUGCCGGCUUAUAUCCUAAUGUAGCAGAAAUUGAUCGCGCACAAAAUAUUCUAAUAUCGGGAGCCGAAAAACGAUUGCUUUUACAACGGACGUCGGCAUUGAAUCCGCCAGGCAAGAAGAAUUUUAAAGAAUUCAUUGAUGAGUUACCAUACGACUGGGUGGUUUUCUAUGAAAAAACACGUGUGGGAAAAACUUGUUCCAUAAACAUGAACACUGUAGUUUCACCCGUAGUAAUUAUUCUCCACUGCGGCAAAGAUUGUAUACUGGAUGAAGACACAUCGGGGGAUUCUGAAGUUUCAGAUAACGAAGAGUUUACAGACAAAAACGUAAAAGCAAUUUCUUUAUCAGAACAUAUAGCAGCUAAAAACCAAAUUGCUAUAAUGUCUUUAGAUCAUUGGAUUAAAUAUGAAUUACCUGUUAAAGACGCCAAAAUGCUCUUACAACUUCGAGUUUUAAUAAAAUCCCAAUUUGAAACUUUCUUACAAAGUGGUCAUUGCAUGCAAACUUCAACUUCAGUUUAUUGUAUACAAAAGCUUCUUCACAGUUUAGAAAUUUAGUCAAUGUAAAAUGUUUUUGAUAUUUGAUUUUAUAGUGUAUAUACACAUAAUUCAUUAAAAUAUUAAUAAAGUUCAACUAUACAAUUA